AUGGAGGCUGGACCUGCGUCUGCCGGCCCAACCACCGCUCUUAUGGCAGCUCCUGUGGAUAUCGACUGCUCCGCUCUCCUUCCUGAGGGUCGCGCGCUCGUGGUGAAAGAGCUUCUGCCACCUUGCUCUGCCUUCUACUACGUCCAGCCGGCCGACACGUGCUCGUCCGUGGCUCAGUUUCUCGACAUCACCAAGGAAAGCCUGCAGCAGCACAACCCCGGUGUUACCUGCCCCUCUCGCCUCCUUGCGUUCCGCUCUCUCUGUGUGGAGCGCGACCCAGCCAAGGGCAUACCGAGGUGUGAGAAUGUGAUAGAGACCGGCAGCACUGUCGAGUUCAAGCAGGUGGCGGCAUCCCAUGGACUCACCAUGGUGGACCUCUGCAGGAUCAAGCCCUCGAUGGCCUUCCGUGAUGCCCUCACUGCUCCGCAGGCUCAUGUGUCCAAGACCAAUGGAGCCCCAGUUCGGAGCCAAGGGGGCAUUACGCUUACCAUUGUAGCUGUUGCUUUUCAAUGA